CGAACUGUUCGUGUCAAAUGUCAACCGUGUCAAAACCUAAACACAAAAAGGAAUAACUACAAAAUUAUGGAAUAUUCGGACUCAGAAUGUAACGGUGAAACCUUAGACAAGAUUUUAAUGUACAAAUGGCUCGACAUAACCUCAGAAUUCAAAGAUGCGGUAACAGGUUUAGACAUGGGAGAACUCUUACACGAUAAUUUAUUCGGUCUUUUUGAAGCUAUGUCUGCGAUAGAAAUGAUGGACCCAAAAAUGGAUGCAGGCAUGAUCUGCAACCGUGGAGCCAGAAAAGCCAAAACGUUGUCUCAAACCUUAGAGGAGGGUAUUUUGAAGCUAGAUAACUUCAGAUAUGAUGAAAUGAUCGGGAUUAUUGAUACUACAUUGGCUUGUAUUGUGUCUUGGUUAGAAGGUCAUUCUUUGGCGCAGACGGUUUUUACUAAUUUAUAUUUGCACAAACCAUACAGUAUAGAAGACAAAACAAUGAAAGCGUUUUGUCUAAUAGUGUAUAAAUUGUUAGAAAUUAUCAAAGAUUUUGUACACAAAGCUAUGGUUUAUGAAGAAGAAGACUUCCAACCAAUGCAAUAUGGUUAUCAUUUAAAUCCGGACAUAUCAGAACAGAGAAUUAUUGGAAUGUUACGCGAAGCGGAAGAGGAGUUGCAUAGAAAAAUUAGGUCCAGACAGUCAGCAAACGAAAUUCAAGCAAUUCAAGCUGUUCAUGCAAGAAUCAAGUUCACCAGAGUCUUCUAUCAAGCGUUGACUAUUAUGAGACGCGAGGAACAAACUCCUGCUAUUACAGACUGCCAGCGACUUUUAAUGACUGCUUGUGAUAUGUUAAAUAUAAUGAGGGACACUGUACACUUAGGAAUACAAGCAGGUGACAAUGAACUGAUACCAGGAUUUGAACCUCUCAUUAAUCAGAGAUUGCUACCACCAACUUUUCCCAGGUAUACGAAAAUUAAGCCACGCGCUGAAGCACUGGCCUAUUUUUCAGAUAUGAUUGACAGAUUUAAAACAAUUACUAAAAUACAAUCUAUAACUUCCUUACAUCAGGUUUUAGAUUUUUUCAUUGACUUUAGCAAAAGCAGUCCGUGUUUGUUGUCAAGAUCCGCUCUACAAUUACUUUACCAAGGCACAAAUCCAUGCACGUUGCGCGACAUUUUAAAAGAAGCUGUGAAAACCUUCAUAUGUCCACCAGCCUUAGUGUCAAAAUCAAUUCUGUCAAAUCAGCAAGCAAAAAAAUACGUGGAGUCCUUUUUGGCACAUUGUACUAGACCCUUCGCCAGUUUUUUACAACUAUGCGGUCACAAUCGCGCACGACAAAGAGACAAGUUGGCCCACCUUUUGGAAGAAUUUACGAACUUACAGGAUGAGGCGGAGAGAGUUGAUGCGUAUUUACACAACAUAUCUGUGAAUUCGACGUCCCGUCCGCAUUUGGCUUGUUUUGGAACGUGGAUCCUAUAUCACACGUUAAAAAUCAUGAUUAUGUACUUAUUAGCCGGUUUUGAAUUGGAAUUGUACAGUAGACACGAAUUAUAUUAUAUAUAUUGGUACUUGUAUGAGUUUUUGUAUGGUUGGUUAGUGUCUGCUUUGUCGCGAGCCGAUAGUUUUCUAGUGGAGAAUGAAUUAAUAAACGAGUUACAAAAAUCAAAAAAUCCUUCAAAAAAGAAACCAAAGCAUAAAAGAAAACCGAGACCUUAUAAUAAAGACAUAGUUUAUUAUCAAGCGCUGCAAAAUAUGUGUGGAGGAUAUUAUAAAGCAUUAAUGGGUUUUCGGUUGGAUGGAAAAUUGACAAUGCCUCACCCCCAAUUUGACAGUGAACAAGUUCGGUACGAACAUCGUUUUGCCCCAUUCCAGAAUUUGUUGACUCCGCCUCCUGUCCAGUACUCCGAAUUUAGGGAAAUGACGUCCGUCGAGCGGCUGCAGCAGCCCGUAGACAGCAUAUACUUUUACAUAACAGGUUGCAAACACUUCCAUCAAGCCCGCCAACUUUUAGAAAAUAUCCAAUCAGAUGGUGAAAUUAGUGAUUUGUUGAAAAUUUCAAAAACCAACUUUAUCGUACUAAAACUCUUAGCCGGAGGACACAAAAAAGAUUCGGUUACACCCCCUGAAUUUGAUUUUUCAGUAAACAGAUAUUUUCCUAUAAUAAAGUUACUCUGAGUGAUAUAAUUUAAAUCUAUUGGUUUUCGUUGUAUGUCGAUUUUGUGUAUAUAUUCAAAUUGUAAGAAGUUAAGUAGAGUGAUAAAGUUUUAUCGUGCAAGUGCAAUUUUAAAGAUUUUCUUUAUUAUUUUACCGAUUUAUUAGUUAAAUAGAUAUUUGUGUGUAUAAGUGGGUUUGCUUACACUGUGAUUAAAAAACUAAUUGAUUUGUAAUGUUGAAUGUUUAUUAAUUAAAUGUAGGUUUGUAAGCGCUGGCGUUUUUGUGGCAACAAUUUUAAUAAAUUUGGGUAACA